AUGGCAUUUGGUGCGCACCUGCAGAAGCAAGAGACCGUGUCAUCGAUGUCCGUGGGCAGCACUGUCGGCAUGGCGGUGGGCAGAGCGACCGGUGGAACACGGUACUUAAGGCGAAGGAGACGUCGCGAGCCUCGGCGUAACAUGGCGGCAGGCCAGUGGCUCGGAGUGCUCGGUACGCUCGGCGAGCUCGGUACGCUCGGCGAGCUCGAUAUGCUCGACGCGCUCAUGGCGACGCGCGCACAAACGCUCGCGGGCAAGCGCGGCGCCCAACUGCCGCGCACCUGUGCGAUAUGA